CCUUGGCAGUCUGUGAAGUAGAUAACUUGAUCUUUGGCUUCGUUUAUUCACUUUUGCUCUUGCGUACUGAAUUUUCUUUUUAAUUUUCCGAUCAUUUGUGAUCAUUAAAGUUUUUGGGUUUCUGCGAUUUCUUUAAUUUGAACUUGAUAUAUCAGUAAAUAGCCUAAUUUGAGAUCAUGACCUAAACAGGUGGUUGACUAAGAUAAACCUUAAAAUUAUUUAAUCUGGGUAGCUUAGCCAUGAUUAUUGAAAUAAAAGAUUCUGUUGAUAUAUGGCUCAGAUGAUGCAAAGAAAACUGAACACUUGCUUGUACUUGAUGAGCUAAAGAAAGACUGCAAUUAUUCAAAGCAGAUUUAAUGGAUGAAGGGUCUUUUGAUCCUGUGGUUGAGGGAUGUGAAUGUGUUUUCCAUACAGCAUCUCCAUUUUAUUUAUCUGCAACUGAUCCCCAGGCAGAACUUAUUGAUCCUGCAUUGAAGGGAACACUUAACGUUCUUAGAUCAUGUACUAAAGUUCCUUCUAUCAAAAGAGUGGUCAUAACAUCAUCCAUGGCAGCAGUUGCAUUCAAUGGGAAACCUCUUGCUCCUGAUGUAAUAAUUGAUGAGACAUGGUUUUCGGAUCCUGAUUUUUGUGAGAAAUCAAAGUUAUGGUACAUGCUUUCAAAAACCUUAGCAGAAGAAGCUGCUUGGAAGUUUACAAAAGAGAAUGGAAUAGACAUGGUUACAAUAAAUCCAGGAUUGGUGAUUGGUCCUCUCUUACAGCCAACACUUAAUACUAGCUCAGAGUCUGUUCUGAAACUUAUAAAUGAAAAAUAUCCAAAUACAACAUUCAGAUGGGUUGAUGUCAGAGAUGUUGCCAAUGCACACAUUUAUGCCUUUGAGAAUUCUUCAGCUUCUGGAAGAUAUUGUUUAGUUGGGUCAGUUGUACACUCUUCUGAGACUCUGGAGAUUUUGCACAAACUUUUCCCUGAACUCAAGCUUCCUAAAGAAUGCGCAGAUGACAAGCCAACCUCGACCAAAUAUCAAGUAUCCAAAAAGAAAGUAGAGAGUCUAGGCGUCAAGUUUACUCCUCUCGACGUAAGUUUGAAGGACACUGUUGAAAGCUUGAGGGAGAAGAACUUAGUUAGCUUUUGACUUGGAUUAUUUUACAUGCUAGACAGAAACCUGCAAUUUAUUUUAUUUAGUCAUUGUUGCUGGCCACAGUUGAGGCCUUCAUGUUUAGGAAGUAAGCACCAGGGGUGAUGUACCUGCAGCUGGAAACAAUAUUAAUUUAUACUAGACAAAAGGCUUCUUUAAACCUUUGACAAA